AUGUCCCGCCACAUCCUCCUCAUAAACGGCCCCAACCUCAACCUCCUCGGCACCCGCGAGCCCGCCACCUACGGUUCAACGACCCUCGCCGAUGUGGAAUCCGCGGCCCAAGAGCAGGCCACUGCCCUCUCCGUCAAGCUGUCAACCUUUCAGUCAAACCACGAGGGUGCCAUCGUCGAUCGCAUCCAGGCUGCACGCGGAGAUGUCGACGCCAUCAUCAUCAACGCAGGCGCCUACACGCACACCAGCGUGGCGAUCCGCGAUGCUCUGCUAGGCGUGGAAACCCCCUUUGUCGAAAUACACGUUUCAAACGUUCACGCGAGGGAAGAGUUUCGCAGACACAGCUACUUGUGCGACAAGGCGGCGGCGGUGAUCUGUGGGAUGGGGGUGUACGGGUACACGGCGGCGUUGGAAUUUGCGGCAAAGCAUCUCAAAAUUAAGGCUAGGCUAUGA